UUCAUUUCAGGCUUUUGAGGUUUCAUCAGUUUUUUCAUCAGGUUGUUUAUACACAUUUGCUUUAUUAUUUUCAAUAGUUCAACACGAAUAAACUACAGCUUAUGGGGUUCAUUCAAACAGUGUGGGACCUCAAGUGUCCAAAUGAAGCGCGUCACGUCAGCAGAAGAGCGCAUCCAGCUGACAGCACCAUCACAUCAGGCGUCACACCUCCACUCAUUCAGCAUGGAGAGCGUCUCAGCUGCUUUCUCCACACCUCCUGCGCAUUGGAAAUGAGUGAGGGUGUCAGCAUCAUCGAGUAGCUUCUGGUUUUGAUCGCAACCUGAGGAAGGGAUCCGGUGUGAGCGAGCGCGAGCUCUCCAGCGCGCAAUACGCGUCUUUACCCGCAACACAACGCGUAUGGAGAGCUCUCCACUUGUGGCAUGCGUUUCAGCGGAGAUCUUAAAGACAAAGGAAACUGGUUCUUAAAGCAGAUUUACAUAAACCAAGUUAAUCCAACAAAGCUCAGAAUGGAUUUCAACAUCACGUUCACGGAUAAUUCCAGUGACGGGUCUAACUCAUCACAAAGUUUUAAUGCAGAAACCGGUGAGCAGUACCACAACGUCCUCAUGCCCAGCAUUUAUGGGGUCAUCUGCUUCGUUGGCAUUAUAGGCAACUGCAUUGUCAUCUACACCAUCGUGAAAAAGACAAAGUUCAGGGCUCAACAGACAGUGCCCGACAUCUUCAUCUUCAGCCUGUCCAUCGCAGACCUUCUGUUUCUUCUGGGCAUGCCGUUCCUCAUCCACCAGCUCUUGGGAAACGGUUCAUGGUGUUUUGGUCCCACCAUGUGCACCGUCAUCACGGCGUUGGAUUCCAACAGCCAAAUCGUGAGCACGUACAUCCUAACCGUCAUGACCCUGGAUCGCUACCUGGCGACGGUUCAUCCCAUUCGCUUCAACCACAUACGUACCCCGUGCGUGGCUGUGGGUGCCGUCGGCCUCGUGUGGAUUCUCUCUCUGCUUUCCAUCACGCCCGUGUGGAUGUACGCCGGUCUCAUGCCCCUGCGGGACGGCUCUGUGGGGUGCGCUCUGCUUCUCCCCAAUCCGACCACGGACACCUACUGGUUCACUCUGUACCAGUUCGUGCUGGCCUUCGCCUUGCCCUUGGUGGUCAUUUGCGGGGUGUUUUUCAAGAUCCUCCAAAACAUGUCGGCCACGGUGGCCCCGCUCCCCCAGCACAGCCUGCGCGUGCGCACCAGGAAGGUCACGCGGAUGGCCGUGGCCAUAUGCCUGGCGUUCUUCAUUUGUUGGGGGCCCCAUUACAUCUUGCAGCUGGCACAUCUGAGCGUGCACCGGCCCAGUUUCGCCUUUCUCUACGCGUAUAACGUGGCCAUCAGCAUGGGAUACGCCAACAGCUGCAUCAACCCGCUUCUCUACAUCAUGCUUAGCGAGACCUUCAAGAGACAAUUCAUCGUGGCCAUCCGGCCGGCGCACAAAGACUUCCGGGCCGAUGCCGGGACGGCCGACGGGAGCGUCAGCCAGCGUUUGGCCCCUGACGGAGGGCAACAGUCUCAGUCCUCCAGGGAGUUGCUGCCGGUAACCGUGGCUGUGCAUUGAGCUCAGGUGAACCCGCUGGGUUUAACGCUGAGCGGAAUUGUGUUAAGAUGUUUAUAAUGAGCAUCCGUUGAAAAGAAGUCCUUCAGCAUCCUGCGGAAUUGCUCAUUACGAGGCGUUGUGGAUUUAAAUGGGUUUAUGAUGACACCAGCGUGUUCUCACAGGAACUGUUUUACAAUGUGUAUGAAUUGGAUGAAUCAUACAAAUAUCAAUGAUUGUUAGACUAAAAGCAGUUAGAAAGCCCCACCCCUAACUCCGUCCCAAACCUAACUAAUACUGGCAUGAAAGCAGAUCGUUUUUAACAUACAAAUUAGAUCGUAUAUGAGGUCAUUUGAAUAAGCCACCUGCUAAAAUAGUUUUGAAUUUCCAUGAGAUAGCGUUGGACAGUGUUGGGUAAGUUACUCUGAAAAAGUAAUUAAUUACUAGUUACUAAUUACAUAUUCAAAAGUGUAAUUAGAUUACUGUACAAAUUACUCUCUCCAAACAGUAUUUAGUUACUUAUUACUAAUUACUUUCUAUAUCCUAUAUCAACCUUGAUUAGUUAAGUGAUUCAAGGAUAGGCAUGAAAGGGCUCUUUUUAUUCAUUCAAAUAAAUAAUAUUAAACUACAUAAAGUACUCUUUUUAACUGACCAAAGUAUUACAAAUGUGAGAAUUAUACAUUAAAGCAUGGAUUUUAAAGUUAGACUUUGAAUUUUGAUGUCAGUUCCACUAUUGCACACACAUAUAUUACACAGAGUAUUUAGUUUAAUUACAUCAGAAGUAACUGUAAUUAAAUUACAGAAAAAACAAGAGUAAUCCCUUACUUUACUUUUUCAAGGGAAAAGUAAUUAAAUUACAGUAACUAAUUACUUAGUAACUAGUUACACACUGGCGUUGGAUGAUGCACACUUUUGUUUCUGUUGCUCUGUGUUUCAGUGAAAGUGAUGUAAUGUGUACAGGAACACAGUGGAUCACUGCAAAAUAAACACAAAUUAUAUAUAUAUAUAUAUACUGUAUAUAUAUAUGUUGUGGAAAAGAAAUUUUCACUUAGAGUUUGAUGUAUUUUCUUCCUCUUUCGAGCUUCAAAUGAGCCUGUGCUUGCACAUUUUUAAAGCAUUUUGUUUUGUAAUGUUCAUGCCAUCACAAAUUAUUUCGGUUCUGCUAUUAAAGGGAUAGGUCACCCCCAAAAGAAAUGUUCUGUCAUAAUUUACUCAAUAUCGAGCUGUUCCAAAUCUGUAUAUACUUCUUUGUUCUGAUGAACACGGAGAAAGAUAUUUGGAAGAAUGCUAGUAACCACACAGUUCUUGGACAUCGUUGACUACCAUGGUUGGAAAAAUGACUUAAUAUUUUUUGUUUCUGCUUAACACAAAAUAAGAUAUUUAAAAAAAAAGUAGGACAGCAAACAGUGCUGGGGCACUUUUGACUACCAUUGCCUCACUGCCGUGGAUUUUGUCGUCAAUGUUAUGUAUGUGAUAUUAUAUUUAUAAUACAUUACCAGACAAACGUUUUUGAACGUCGAGUGUUUGUAACUGUGCAAAAAUAAUCUCUUUCUCAUUACCAAUUAAAGUUUUAUUUAAUAAAAAUGUCUUUGAAAGGGAUGACCAAUUAAUGUAAAAAGAGCAGCCAAUAAUGGGAACUGCCAAGAAAACAUUUAUGCAAAUUCUAGGCAAAAGUGACUACACUGAAGAUACAGUACACUGAAGUUUUGUGUUUAUUUAUGCGAUUUUUUGAGUUGCAACAAAAUUCUCAUAUUAGUUCCCUUACUAUGCUAGUGUAUGUGUGUGAUAUUAUACGUAUAAUAUUCACCUUCUUUUGGUCAUCUUAUAGUAUGAUAUCUAUCAAAAUGUCUGUAUAUUUAAAUGUGUUAAUUGUUUAAUGUUGUUUACUGUGAAUGCAGAAGAAAACUGUCCUUCUGAGGGUGUGUCUUCACAGUGCGCUGUUUGCUCCUAAAAUCAGCGUUUAAUGUGAAUUAUCAUUAAAGAAAUCCCCCCGUGAUUUCACUGCAAGCUUCCUUCUCUGU